UUUGUCAUAAUUGACCGCCUCCCGUGCCGUGAGCAAAGAGCAAAUCGUUCGCCCGCUCGCUCGAUCUCGCUCUGUCGAUCGAGUACGAUUGUGGAAGCCAUUUUAUUCUUGGGGAUUGUGAAUGUGACAAAAUAUUUUUAGUUUUUUAUACCCAGAACUUUUGUGUAAAUGUGUGCCUGCGUUAAGUGUUGUUUGUGACGUGUGUUAGUGCUUUUAAGACUAGGAAUGUUCAUGCUCGUAAUGGGUUUGUGUUGACUUGCCCUGUUUCGUACGCGGUCGCAAGGGCAGGGAUCGAUUAGUGCAAGGCGGCCUCUAAUAACGGCGAAUCGAGGCUCCGGCUGGACUAGUUAGCAGUGCCGCCAUGGGCAAUAAUGCUGCCACCGCCAACAAAAAGGUGGACGCCGCCGAAAGCGUCAAGGAGUUCCUCGACCAGGCCAAAGAGGAUUUCGAGGAGAAAUGGAAGAAGAAUCCUACCAACACCGCCGGACUGAACGACUUUGAGCGGAUAAAAACGCUCGGAACGGGCUCGUUCGGUCGAGUUAUGAUAGUUCAACAUAAGCCCACCAAGGAGUACUAUGCUAUGAAAAUAUUGGAUAAGCAAAAAGUGGUUAAAUUGAAACAGGUGGAACACACACUUAACGAAAAGCGAAUUCUCCAGGCGAUCAAUUUCCCGUUCCUUGUGAGCCUCAAGUUCCACUUCAAGGACAACUCGAACCUGUACAUGGUGCUGGAGUACGUGCCCGGUGGAGAGAUGUUCUCGCACCUGCGUAAGGUGGGCCGUUUCUCGGAGCCGCAUUCGCGAUUCUACGCCGCGCAGAUCGUGCUCGCCUUCGAAUACCUGCACUACCUCGACCUCAUCUACCGGGAUCUCAAGCCCGAGAAUCUGCUCAUAGACUCUCAGGGCUACCUCAAAGUGACGGACUUCGGGUUCGCGAAGCGCGUGAAGGGCCGUACGUGGACGUUGUGCGGCACGCCAGAGUACCUUGCGCCCGAGAUCAUUCUCUCCAAGGGCUAUAACAAGGCUGUGGAUUGGUGGGCUCUAGGAGUUCUCGUCUACGAAAUGGCGGCCGGCUACCCACCCUUCUUCGCCGAUCAACCCAUUCAAAUCUACGAGAAAAUCGUCUCGGGCAAAGUCCGGUUUCCGUCGCACUUCGGGUCGGACCUGAAAGACCUGCUCCGCAACUUGCUGCAGGUGGAUUUGACGAAGCGCUACGGCAAUCUGAAGGCGGGCGUGAACGAUAUCAAAGGACACAAAUGGUUCGCAAGCACCGACUGGAUUUCAGUCUUCCAGAAGAAAAUAGAGGCGCCGUUCAUCCCGCGCUGCAAAGGCCCGGGCGACACGAGCAACUUCGACGACUACGAGGAGGAGGCGCUGCGCAUCUCCUCGACGGAGAAGUGUGCGAAGGAGUUCGCCGAGUUCUGAGCGCACUGGAGGUGCCUGCGCGCGGACACCGUGAGUAGGUAUUUUGUAUUAGUGAAUUCUCUACAAAGACGUGGUCGCGACGCGACGAGUGCUCUUUGCCUCCGGCCUCGGGCGGACAUGGACGCUGACGCGCCCCGGGGCCGGCCCCGCAGGUGGAUUCAGUUUGGAGCAUAGGCGUGAUGAAGUAGAACUGAUUUCCGAUAUUUCGGUGGCGUUCAUUUGCUUAGUGCCCUUUCAGAAUGACAUAACAUAGCAGUUAUAGCUGAAGUGUCCGUAUUCAGCCAAUAUUCCCGGAUGUUAAGACUGCCGGAGUGCAAUACCAGUGUUAUAAUGUUCGGAGUCAUGUUCUGAUUAUCUUUUUCACACCUAAAUGAUAGUUAGCUGCUGAUAACAAUGGAAUGUGGUGGGCUUAAAUUAUUUUAUAUUGUUUUUAAGACAUCAGUACAAUUUUCCAUAUAAAUACCAUGCUACAUAAUCUUCACAAUCUAAUUUUUGAAUUUGAAUUUUGAUCUACAUCACUUAACCAUCAGAUACUAGAGCUAUUUGAAUCACUACUUUUUAUCUUGAUGGAAUGUUGUAUAGAUUUUAAAUAUUGACAUUUUAUUAUUUGUUUUAUUUAUAGUUAAUCGGUUGAUAUUUUAUUUAAGGAACUUAACUACAUGGCAAUGUGGUGAGAUUACUUAUUGUAACUGUGUAGUUGUGUUCACCCGUCUGUGCAAUUGACCUAUGUGUUUGUGAUCUGAUGUGAGAAUUCCUUUCAAGUUUAAGUGUAAUUUGUAUAGUUCCUUAUUUUGUAGAUAUUAUGGAUUUUUAUUGUGUAACAAUUACAUUAAACAACAUGCCAGUCUUGUGUAGGUAAUCUAUGAUGUAACUAAACUUAUUGCUAGCAUCAGUUUACGGAAAGCAAUAAAUUUUAACACUUCUUUAAACAUAUUCCCAUUUAUAAAUAAGGCAAUAAUUCUCAUAUUCAACCAUAUCCUCAUUCAUUAAUUCUAAAAAACUGGUUUCUUUUCUUACUUGGAUGGAAACAUUGUUUUAUUGUAUACAUAGGAAUAUGAUUAAAAUAUCUUAGUAGUAAUUCUCUUAAAAUGCCAUUUUACAUGGUGAUAUCUUGUCAUUGAGACUGAUGUUAUCAAUAAGCGUAAGUAGGUGUGUAUAACAAGUUCUAAUAUCAAUACAUGACUGUCUCGUAAGUGCUAUUCAUUUGAUCCCAUUCAUUUCUUGUUCCGAGGAAUAAGAGAAUGGCUAACUGGCAAUGUUUACUAUAAAGUUUGUUAGCUAUUAGAUGUAGGACUUUGAAUCCAGGCUGUACAAAUAAAAAUAUAGUUAUUUGUAGUGCAUUUUACAUUGUGCGCGUCUGUGGUAAUAGUUAUUAGGUCGCAUAUCCCAGGGACAGAGAGAGCUGCACACUUCAGACCACGCUAAAGGAAUAAAUGAUCUACUGUACUGUCUUACGCUGUGUUUACAUGCUUGCCAGAGUGACAACAAGCCAAUAAAGGAUCCUGUUUCAUGUGGCUUGCUGCCAAAUCAUGUCAAACAUAUAAAUGCAGCAUUUCUGCCCCUGUAUUGAUGAAAACCCGUAGUUAUACACAGAAUAAAGGAACAAAUGUAUGUUUGUAGUGUACUAUAAAUAUCUAUUGUUUUUCCUGUAACCUCAUGUGUGUUCAUCUAGUAAUGAUACAAUACCAUAUCUCGAUUUACAAUCUACCUAUUUUCUUAAUUGAAUCAUUAGUGUUUAUGUGUAUUUUUUUAAUAAUAUAAAGCACUAAACAUUUUUUGCUGUAAAGACAAUGUCUGUUGGUGAAUUGUCGGGCAAAAUAAUGUGUUAUCUUACAUGUUUAUGUUGCUAACCACAGAUAUGAGUUGUCGGUGAGUAACCUUAUUUCUUGUUAAAUGCCAAUGUUACCUACAUUGUUUAUUGGUGCCAUAAAGAUUCUUAGUAAUGGGUCUGCUGUAUAAAUAUUUCAAAGUUUUGUUAGCAAUUCUUAUGUUGACACCUUUAUUAAAUGUAUCAGCUAGUUUUAAACCUUACAUGUCCACUCUCAGUGGUAUGGUUGUCACAAA